CAGACUCUGAAGAAGCAAGAUGUGAACUACCCUGCUGAGAAAGCCCCUGUCAGAGCUGCCACAGAAAACCCACUGCUCCUGGAUCCUGAGGCCUCCCCAGCUUUAUAAUGAAUGGGACACUGGUCACUGAGUUCCUCAUUCUGGGAUUCUCAGAGAUGCCUCAUCUUCAGGUACCACUUUUCCUCAGCUUCCUUUGUCUCUACAUGGCUGCAGUCUCAGGAAACCUGCUCAUUAUGGUGACAAUCAGUGCCAGCCCAUCCCUACACACCCCCAUGUACUUCUUCCUGGUCAACCUGGCUAUAGUGGACAUCCUCUGCACCUCCACAAUCCUACCCAAGCUACUGGACAGCAUGGUUGGGCAGAGGACCAUCUCUUAUGGGGGCUGCAUGACCCAGCUCUUCUUCUUCACGUGGUCACUGGGGGCAGAGCUUCUGCUCUUCUCAGCUAUGGCUUAUGACCGCUUUGUGGCCAUCUGUUGCCCCCUACACUAUAGUGCCUGGAUGGGCCCUAGGGUGUGUGCGUUCCUGGCUGGACUUGUCUGGGCCAUCAGCCUGACUAACACCAGCGUGCACACAAGCCUGAUGCUGCGUCUACCCUUCUGCAGCUCCAACGUGAUAGAGCACUUCUUUUGUGAGAUUCCGCCACUGCUGAAGCUCUCCUGUGCUCCAACACAACUGAACGAAGCCAUGGCCUUUGCUGCAGAUGUGUUUCUGGCCGUAGGGAACUUCUCUGUGACCAUGAUUUCCUAUGGCUGUAUUGUGGCCAGCAUCCUGAGGAUUCGCUCUUCUGAGGGCAAGCGACGUGCCUUUUCCACCUGCUCUGCCCACCUCAUCGUGGUGAGCAUGUACUACUCCACCGUCAUCUACACGUACAUCCGCCCUUCCUCCAGCUACUCACUGAACAAGGACAAGGUGGUGUCUGUCAUCUACACCUCUGUGGCACCCACCUUGAACCCCCUCAUCUACACUCUGAGGAACAAGGAUGUCAAAGUUGCCCUUAGGAGACUUCUGUCCUGCUGCUGA